AUGGAUAAAUACGAGAUGAUAGAAAUCGUAGGAGAGGGAAGUUAUGGCAUAGUGAUGAAAUGUAAGCAUCGCGAGAGCGGGCAAUUUGUAGCCAUUAAGAGAUUUCUCGAAACCGAGGAAGAUUACGAAGUGCGAAUAAUGGCAUUUCGAGAAAUCCGAAUGUUGAAAAUAAUGCAUCGUGAUAUCAAGCCAGAAAAUAUCCUUAUAUCUCCGAACGGUGUGGUGAAGCUUUGCGAUUUUGGAUUUGCACGUUUUGUAAAUAGUCCCAAUGAAUCUUGCACGGAUUACGUGGCGACAAGAUGGUAUCGUGCCCCGGAAUUGUUAGUCGGUGAUCCUCGAUACGGCAGACCGAUAGACAUUUGGGCGGUAGGCUGUUUGUACGCGGAAAUGAUGGUCGGGAAUCCUUUGUUUCCUGGUAAUAGCGACGUAGAUCAGCUCUAUCGAAUAACCAAAAUACUUGGAGGACUAUGUAUGAAGCAUCAAAGUUUAAUAGAUCGUAGCAGACCUGGUCAAAUAUUGCGGCAUGCGAGCGCGGAUGAGCUCAUAGGACCACCUCAGUCCGGUGUUUUCUCGAUUCGUAAAUUAUUUCCCAAAUGGGAUAUAGUCGCCAUCGAUUUUUUGGCUCAAUGCCUUCGUAUGGAUCCCGACUUAAGAUCAAAAUCUUUCAUGCUCUUGGAACAUCCGUUUUUUAUAAAAGAUCGAUUUGCCGAUAAAUUUCUUGUAGUUUUGAGAGAAAGUAUCGAUAUAGAAUCUUCUAUGAAUCCUUUAUCCAGUAAAAUAUUGAGUGAAAAAGAGCCGAGUAUUUUUACGAAUUUGUUCGAAACAUCGUCGAAAACUGUUUACCAACAUUUUCCCAGGUCUUUAUUCUCUGAUUAA